ACACACACACACACACACACACACACACACACACACACACCAACGACAGUCAUGGAGAAGGUCUUGCCGUGCCCGCUGCUCCUGCUGGUGGUCCUGGCGAUACCAAGUCCCGCCCUGGCCCAGGACUGCAAUGCUGCCGACACAGUAGUGAAGGAAGGAACACCACAUGUAAUAAAGACCACACUAUUCAUCCAGUACAGUGCAGGAUAUGAUGGUUCUCUCACAUUGUUUGUGAAGCCUGAGAGUGACUUUGAGGGCGUGACUCUUUAUACCAUGACAAAUGACGCCACUCUCCACACUGCCUGGUUCCCUGCUGAGGAGAAAUGUUUCCCUCGCGAUGGCAAGUGGCUGCAAUUCAAGGCGAUGGUUUGGUCAACCGGAUGGGGUCUUCAGUUUCAUCUUAUGUCUGGUGCAUGCUGGGAGGAGUGCUAUAUCAACACUGACCAGACAAUACCCAUAAACCUCAGCGUGGUGGCUCACGGCCCUUCCAGGUGGUUGAGCAGGCGUCCACAUGAACACUGUGAGAUAAACCUCAUAAGUAAUAAAAAUCGCAAACUAACAGGCAUGUGCAAGCACUCUCCAAUCACACCCACCACCCCCACCACCAACAGCAAGUGGACACCGGGAUAUAUAACAACCACAGCGGUGUCAGCAGCAGCAGCAGUAGUGGUGGUGGCGGUGGUGGUGGUGGUGGUGGUGUUCUAUUGGAAGCGGAAAGCUGUCACAUCGCCACGCCAAGCCGGACUCUUCCCUCCCCCCCCCGAUGAACACGUCAUAGAGAACGACAUCUACCAGCCAUUUGACGGUGUCGUUAACCACGCCGCGCCGCAAACCUUCCACAACGACCUGUACGACUCCCGCAGCGCCCACGGACACCGGCACGACUCCUAGACGACCCAGAGACAGAGCCAGCCCCCUCCCCCCCCCACACACGUCAUUAUAAUGUAGACUGUAGAGUGUACAAAUGUGUGGAGUGUGAUAGUGAUGCUUUUGAUCUAUUUCCAGAGAGAGAGAGAGAGAGAGAGAGAGAGAGAGAGAGAGAGAGAGAGAGAGAGAGAGAGAGAGAGAGAGAGAGAGAGAGAGAGAGAGAGAGAGAGAGAGAGAGAGAGAGAGAGAGAGACUUUAGUAUUUCGUGGCUUAUUUGUUAGUUUGUAUAUGUUUUGAGAUAGUUGUGUACUCUCUGUAGUAGUUUGUGGGUGUUGUUGUGUGUGUGUGUUCAGGAUACUCUGGCAUGUUGUGUUUGGUUAGUCUUACUCUCAUUGUGUUUAAGAUGCUUUUGUAGUUUCUUUGUAGUAUUUUAUUUGUCUUGUUGUGUGUGUGUGUUUUGGAUACUUAAUGUGCUUCCUUGUCAAUAAAUAUUA